UUUCCAUCUGAAAUCUAUUUCCUCCAAUCCCAAUUUUUUCCGGUUCGCGGCAUCUGCGUGCCUUUAACUAGCAGUUAUGCAUUUCAACGAAGACUACUAUUGAGCUACUGCAACCAAUACUUACCACAGAUAUUUCUCUGUAAAACUGUGGCGUAAACUCGCCGUUUCGUAGACAUUACUUACCGCCAUGAGAGCUCUUCAGGCGUCGAUUCCCUACAAUCUUGGAUUUGGCAUUCCGUCCCUUGCUGCUACUCCCAGUAGCCGGCCUUCUUACGCUCAGCGCCGCCAUGUCGUAUUUGCUAAAGGUGAACGCGAACCAUCUGAGCAAUCUGUUGAGAUAAUGAGGAAGUUCUCAGAGCAGUACGCUCGGAAGUCUGGAACCUACUUCUGUAUGGACAAAGGGGUCACUGCUGUUGUCAUUAAGGGACUGGCAGAACACAAGGAUUCAUUGGGUGCACCGCUCUGUCCCUGUAGGCACUAUGAUCAUAAACCUGCAGAAGUGCAGCAGGGUUUCUGGAACUGCCCAUGUGUACCUAUGAGAGAGAGGAAGGAGUGUCACUGUAUGCUUUUUCUCACCCCUGACAAUGACUUUGCUGGGCAAGAGCAGACUAUUUCUUUGGAAGAGAUCAGAGAAACAACUUCAAAUUUGUGACAAGUGUCAUGGAUUCGUCCUGCUUUAAUCAUAUUUUCUUUGUUUACUCAUUUUGGAAUCUUUGUUUCUGGGUGCUGUGACCCUACUAUUCUUUCUAAUGUUUAAUCAUCUUGUUCAUUGCGACCUUAGCUAUUCUUUCAUUCGCGAUAGGGCAAGAAUCUCGCAAUGAAGCUUAAAAGGUUUGUAAGGAACUUGGCUUACUUGAAUUCUUGAAUGAUUACAAAUAAGCCCCUUAAAGGUAUUUAUACCAUUUCACCAUUCAAUGGAUGAUUGAGAUCUAUUUAAUCUUA